CUGUGGGGUAAAGCACGACGCUGCGGCCCCGGCCUAGGCGCGAUCCCUUAUCACUAAAGGGACCUACUGCCAGUCCCACGCCAUGGAUCACCAUCACCUCACUUGCCGCGCGACCCAGUUCCGGAGUGGCCUCUUGGUCCCCCUGUUUCUGCUAAUGAUGCGGGCAGACCUGGUGCUCUCGGCCCAACGUCACCCUCCGGUGGUGCUGGUGCCUGGUGAUUUGGGUAACCAGUUAGAAGCAAAGCUGGACAAGCCCAAGGUUGUACACUAUCUUUGCUCCAAGAGGACAGACAGCUACUUCACACUCUGGCUGAACCUUGAGCUGCUUCUGCCUGUUAUUAUUGACUGCUGGAUUGACAAUAUCAGGCUGGUUUACAACAGAACAUCUCGGGCCACCCAGUUUCCUGAUGGUGUGGAUGUGCGUGUCCCUGGCUUUGGGGAAACAUUUUCUUUGGAGUUCCUAGACCCCAGCAAAAGAACUGUGGGUUCCUAUUUCUACACUAUGGUGGAAAGCCUUGUGGGUUGGGGCUAUACACGGGGAGAAGACCUCCGAGGGGCUCCCUAUGAUUGGCGCCGAGCUCCAAAUGAAAACGGGCCCUACUUCUUGGCCCUCCGAGAGAUGAUCGAGGAGAUGUACCAGAUGUAUGGGGGCCCCGUGGUGCUGGUCGCCCACAGCAUGGGCAACAUGUACACGCUCUACUUUCUGCAGCGGCAACCACAGGCCUGGAAGGACAAGUAUAUUCAUGCCUUCAUUUCACUGGGUGCGCCCUGGGGGGGCGUGGCCAAGACCCUUCGAGUCCUGGCCUCAGGAGACAACAAUCGAAUCCCUGUUAUUGGGCCACUGAAGAUCCGAGAGCAGCAGCGCUCAGCUGUUUCCACCAGCUGGCUACUGCCAUACAACCACACCUGGUCACAUGACAAGGUAUUUGUCCACACACCCACAACCAACUACACACUCCGAGACUAUCGCCAAUUCUUCCAGGAUAUCAGAUUUGAAGAUGGCUGGUUCAUGCGGCAGGACACAGAAGGGCUGGUUGAAGCCAUGAUGCCACCUGGUGUGGCACUGCAUUGCCUCUAUGGCACUGGCGUCCCCACACCAGACUCUUUCUACUAUGAGAACUUUCCUGAUCGUGACCCAAAGAUCUGCUUUGGUGAUGGUGAUGGCACUGUGAACUUGGAGAAUGUCAUGCAGUGCCAGGCCUGGCAGAGCCGCCAAGAGCACAAAGUAUCAUUGCAGGAGCUGCCAGGAAGUGAACACAUCGAGAUGUUAGCCAAUGCCACUACCUUGGCUUAUCUGAAACAUGUGCUUUUUGAGCCUUGAUUCCUGUGCCAAGCUGGGCUGCUGGAUGGCUGGACCAUGGAGCUUCUCUUGGGCUCUGACCCUUUCAUGGCUUGCAAGCUUGGUAAAAGGUUUGUGACCAUUAUUCAAGGUCCCAGGUCUUAGGCUGUGAGGCGUCUGCCUCAGGAGAAUGCUGUUUCUCAUCCUUCGUAUGUAUAAGGGCAGUGAAGAAGGAAGACACAAGUGUGGAUUCAAAGGACAUUUGGUGGGAAGAAUGCUCCUACCGAUGGCAUUGCCACCUCAGACUGGCUCUGUAGGAUGGCUUGUAUGGCUCUUCACCCUAGUCCCCAGCUCGGGCCAUGCAGUCCUCCAAGUGCUCUGGCCUUUCUGUUUUAGCCCGCUGGGCUCUAACCUUCCUGUGAGGGAUGUUACUGAGGAAGGUUCCACAGUGACCCUCAGGUGACCUUCCCAUACACUGGCAUCAGGUAGCCUACUGGCUAGGGCUCCCUGUACCCUCACUGGUGGACAUUCUGAGUGUAGCCUCCUGGAGGUAAUCCAGCACCCCUGCAGGCAGGGCAGUUUGUUGUGUUCUCCAUGAUCCUUCAGGUCCUGGGGUGUUUAGACUCCAUUCCUACCUCUCACCUCUGACAGCAUCCUAGUCCUAGUUCUGGAUUGGGCAGCAGAGGACCCCUCAGUUCUGGGGGCCUAGGAUUCCCGAUCUCCUUAGUUGUGAUGUGAGUCCCAGAGCUGAAGCUGGCUCUCUUGGUUCUGGGACUGUAGUUUAAAGUGACCAGGGCCUAAGGCUACAGCCUUCUAGCUUGGUACCUAGAAGAAAGGGCGCUCAAGGGAACAACCUUCCCUGAGUCUCCUUGAGAACUCCACCACCAUAUGGCACACUGCUGUGGGGUCUUUCUACCACCACGUGGGCUGGCACAAGGGGCGAGAGGUGAUAGAGUUCCUGCCCAACACUUGCUCCCACCAGGCAUCUGAACGGGUUUGGUUUGCUGGAGUUAGUUAGAGAUUAAAAGGUCCCCCAGAUCCAGGAGCAUAGCAUCCCAGCUAGGGGCUUUUUGUUUGCCCCAGGGAUGCUGCGUGGUCUGUGUGUGACAGCAGGGAUGGUGAAUCUGGGCCUAUCUUAGGGACAGAGGACCUGACUAUAGGCUGAGACGUGGGUCAGCUUUUAGGUUGGGGUCCCCAAACCACUUUCAGCCUGGAGUACGCAUACACUGCCUUCCCACGACGAUUCUCACUGGGCUUCCUUUGUUAGGCACAUUCCCACCAUCUUUCCCUCACCUGAUGGUGGCCCCCACCUGGGGCUCUGAGCAAGCUGUACCUCAAUUUUGGCAAUAAAAAGUAUUCUGGAUGCUGUAAGGUGCUUUGUUCUGCACUGUGCAUGAAAGGAGGGAGGUGUCAAGUAGGAAGGUGCUAUAGAGGUGAGUAAUUGGGCUGCAACUUUGCAGGGGUCUCAGCAUUACCCUCUGCCUUUGCUUUAUC